CAUCGUCUGUCCCAAGCUUAUGGAGAACCGCUGACUCGCCGGCUUCCAGGAACCAGGGUGCUGACAUGGAACAUAUAUUUUUGAUUCUUUUACUGUUUAGUAAAGCCUUAUCAGGUGGAGCUCAAUUCAAUGGAUACAACUGUGAUGCCAACUUUCACAGCCGCUUCCCCGCGGAAAGAGAUAUCAGUGUGUACUGUGGGGUGCAGACCAUCACCCUCAAGAUCAACUUCUGCCCCGUCCUCUUCUCUGGCUACACUGACACUGACCUAGCCCUCAAUGGUCGCCAUGGAGAUGCUCACUGCCGCGGAUUCAUCAAUAACAACACUUUUCCCACCGUGGUCAUCUUUAGUAUCAGCCUGGCGACACUGGAGUCCUGUGGCAAUUCCCUCGUGGUCUCCACAGCUCAAGGACCCAACGCUUAUGGGAACCUGUCGCUGGUGCAGAUUGGGAACAUAUCAGGGUAUAUUGACACACCCGAUCCCCCCACCAUCAUCAGCUACCUGCCAGGUCUGCUGUACAAGUUCAGCUGCAGUUACCCACUGGAAUACCUGGUCAACAACACACAGCUGGCCUCGUCAGCAGCUGCAAUCUCAGUGAAGGACAGCAAUGGUACUUUCAUCAGCACGUUGAACCUACUGCUUUACAAUGACUCAUCGUAUGUUCAGCAGCUGUCCAUCCCCAUGGCAGGACUCACCCUGAAGACACGAGUAUUCGCAGCUGUAAAAGCCACUAACCUGGAUAGAAGAUGGAACGUUCUCAUGGACUACUGCUACACCACUCCCUCCGGAAACCCUAACGAUGACCUCCGCUAUGAUCUGUUCUUUAGCUGUGAAAAAGAUCCCCAGACCGCCGUCUUUGAAAAUGGCAAGAGCCAAAUGGGCCGCUUCGCCUUUGAAGUAUUCCGCUUUGUAAAGCACAAGAACCAGAAGAUGUCCACCGUCUUCCUUCACUGCGUCACCAAGCUGUGUCGAGCAGAUGACUGUCCGAUGCUCAUGCCUAUCUGUGGCAGCAGGAAAAAGAGAGACGUCUCAGAGGAAAAGGAAUCAAACCAAGCAUCUGGAAAUGCCGUCCUGACUGCCGGGCCCAUCAUCACUCGGAGUGAUGAAACACCAACCAACAACUCUCAGCUGGGUAAGCCUCAUUCUGUCUAUUCUCCAGUGUUUCAGAUGAACACAGUGACAAGCGCGCUCAUCUCAGGCGUGAUCAUCCUGGGCGUCAUGAGCGUUUGCUUCUUCAUCUUCUCCCUCACCCUCCUCAAAGGCAAGAGCCCUCCUGUCAGCACGCUGUCUGGAGUCCGCAACCCAGCCUUCAACUGAA